AUGUUAACAAGAGAGACCAAAAUGUCUCUAAAACUUCUAACUCGGAGUGGCCUUCGUGGCCAGUCUGUGACCACAGCCCGCAUCGUCCCCGCACGGAGGUGGAGUAGCUCCAUCUCGCAGCCACCAGGAUCAGAUAGUGUUCGAUUUCCUGGUGCUGUGAACAGCAAGUUCACUUCAGAGAUGUCCUUCCUCAAAGCCUCCGAUCUGCCCGCUAUCCCUACCUACCGAGUGAUGGACUCCGACGGCCACCAGGUUGAUAAGACGAGACCACCACCCGAUGUUACAAAUGAGGAGGCCUUGACGUGGUACAAAAAUAUGCUGUCUGUAAGCGUUAUGGACGUGGUCAUGUUUGAGGCACAACGGCAGGGUCGCCUAAGUUUCUACAUGGUUUCCGCGGGCGAAGAAGGCAUCACAGUCGGAUCCGCCGCAGCAUUGACACCAGACGAUGUAGUCUUUGCACAAUACCGCGAAGCCGGUGUAUUCCAACAACGUGGAUUCACAUUGAAGAACUUUAUGAGCCAGCUCUUCGCCAAUUCCAAUGACACAGGCCGUGGUCGAAAUAUGCCAGUCCAUUACGGACAAAACUAUCCUCGCAUGCACACAAUUUCAUCCCCAUUAGCUACCCAAAUUCCCCAAGCCGCCGGCGCAGCCUACGCUCUGAAACUCCAAGAUCUCCAAAACCCAAACCGGGAUCCACGAAUUGUGGCCUGCUACUUCGGCGAAGGAGCCGCCAGUGAAGGUGAUUUCCACGCCGCGCUAAACAUUGCCGCCACACGCUCCUGCCCUGUUGUGUUUAUAUGCCGAAACAACGGCUACGCAAUCUCAACGCCAACCCUAGAGCAGUACCGGGGUGAUGGAAUUGCCAGUCGCGGCGUGGGGUACGGUAUCGACACCAUCCGCGUCGACGGCAACGACAUCUUCGCCGUAAAUGAAGCAAUGAGAGAGGCACGUCGACUUGCCCUAAGUGAGGGCGGACGACCUGUGCUGAUCGAAGCCAUGAGUUACCGUGUCUCGCAUCACAGCACCAGUGACGACAGCUUUGCAUACCGGGCGCGUGUUGAGGUUGAAGAUUGGAAACGUCGUGAUAAUCCUAUUAUUCGGCUGCGGAAGUGGCUUGAGAACCAGGGGAUUUGGAGUGAAGAGCAGGAGAAGCAGACGCGGGAUGAGAUGCGGAAGGCGGUGCUAAAGGAGUUUAGUGAGGCGGAGCGGGAGACUAAGCCAUCGCUCAGGGACGCUUUUACGGAUGUUUAUGAGGAGAUUACGGAGGAGCAGAGGGAGCAGAUGACGGAGCUCAAGCGAAUCUUGGAGACCUAUCCGGAUGAAAGUGAAGUGGAAGUCUUUCUGGACGACCUGCCUCCUUCCACCAACAGAUACACCUACGAAGGGAAGGAGCAACUCCAUCAAAUUUUACAAACCGAAGUCAACCGUCUUGUAAACUCUGCUGAUACCCAAGAGAUUUCCGAAUACUUCGUUAUUGACAUUGAUCCCUCCUCUUUCGACCAAGAGUUUUUACUGCCAGACCCUGUCGCUGGUCUUCGUCUGUUCUAUAACGCGGCCAUACAUACCCUGAUCCUCAGGAUGUCAACGCUCGAGCAUUCUCAAGUUGCCGGUCAAUUGCACACCGCGGUCGUACUUGCUUUGCGGCCUAUGGAGCUGAGUCAAAAGAUACAAGUAUAUGGAGGAGUGAACGUUCCUGUUGGCAAUGGAAACUUUAAGCAGCCAGAUGGGGGCUGGGGCCCUGCUCGGCACACUCGUGGUGUCCCUAUACGACCUGGGGUAGUGGUCGAGGUUGGGGUUUCCGAGCCUGAAACGAAAUUGCCUAACGAUGCAAGAAUGUGGGUGGAUCCCGUCAGAGGGCAGGUAGAUAUGGCUAUCACAGUGAAAGUCAACCCGAGGGAGCCUCAGCUAAAAUUUGAUACCUGGGAAUGGGACUCGGGUAUCCAACGUGCCCAUGUCACGCAAUCCUGCGUGAUCGAAACGUCUGGUGAUAAGACCACUGUCUCCCACCCAAUUACGAUACCCUUGAAAUACAUUUUCCGACGAUCUCCGGAUAUUCCAAGAGAGACCGACAUUCGACUUGAGAAGCAGGACCUGAUCGACAUGGCGACUAUGGUAUGGGAAGUGUAA